AUGGCAGAGGCCAGCAUCCUCUUCCUCCGCGCCUGUCUCACGCUGCUUGCCCUGCCCAUCUACCUGCUGUCGUUCGUGGGCAUAUGGCAGCCCUUCUGUAAGAAGGUGGUUUUCCCUUUUUUCUUGGAGAGGCUUUCUGUGGUUCAUGAAAGGAAAGCAAAGAAGCACAAGCAGGAGCUAUUUCAUAAUCUAUCUGACUUCAGGAGCCCCUCGGGAGAGCUGAAGCUGCUGGAGAUCGGGACCGGCUUCGGUGCUAACUUCCAGUUCUACCCACCCGGCUGCAAAGUCACAUGCACCGACAUAAACCCCAACUUCCAGCAAGGCCUUUCAAAAAACAUGAACAAGAACCAGCACGUUCACUACGAGCGUUUCCUCGUGGCUGCAGGAGAAGACCUGCACCAGGUGCCCAGUGGCUCUGUGGAUGCUGUUGUCUGCACCCUGGUCCUCUGCUCGGUGCACAACGUGAACGACACCCUGAAGGAGGUUCUGCGGGUGCUCAGGCCAGGAGGAGCUUUCUAUUUCUUAGAGCACGUGGCCGCUGAACCUUCCAGCUGGAAUUAUUUUUGGCAGCAGGUCUGCUACCCGACUUGGAAGCUUGUCUUUUGUGGAUGCUGCCUAACAAGAGAGAUAUGGAAAAAUCUCAAGCAGUCCAAGUUCUCGGAGGUGAAGCUACAACACAUCAGCAUAUCUCUGCCCUGGACGCCCAUCAAGCCUCACAUCGUCGGCUACGCCGUGAAGUAA